UCUUAGCACGUUUCUCCCAUUCCUACCGAGUUCAAGCGUCUUCAAAACCCAUGACACCUUUGGUAAAGGCUGUUCAGGACACAGUCGUCUUUGAACACUUCUCCCUCUUCGCAGAAAAAGCUUGAAUUGGGGCAGGGGAGUUGGCAGGCCUAAUUUCAAGUGGGCUCGGGGGUACGUCGUCUUUCUCUUGCAGUUCAUAAGGGCAUGGCGGGGCUAUACAUAGGCCAGCGUGGUCCUUGUGAAAACAAGCCUCAGGACCCAAUGCUGACAUCAGCUUGCAGUGUGUUCAGUGUUUUGGAAAGAGCGGCACUUUACUCUUAACUUUCGUUUGCCCUGCUGAGUAAAAAGAGCCAUCCCAGAUUCCUUUGCAUGGAGUAAAUAAGUAUUGGUGCUGCUGCCUUUGAAAAGAGCCCUCUGUUCUACUGCCAUUAUCAAAGAAGACAGGCAUAGUUGCAUUCUGUUCUAGAACUGUCCACGCAUCUAUUUCAAUUGUGGAAAGACACCAGAUGAGACUUCAGGGAUUGUCAGGUGUGGACCUAUGCUGAGGUACCCAAGAACCAGUUGGAUCAUGGAUUUUCCAGGGCACUUCGAGCAAAUCUUUCAGCAGUUGAACUAUCAGCGGCUUCAUGGUCAGCUGUGUGACUGUGUCAUUGUGGUGGGGAACCGGCACUUCAAAGCGCAUCGCUCAGUCUUGGCAGCAUGCAGCACACACUUCCGUGCUCUUUUCACCGUAGCAGAAGGAGAUCAGACCAUGAACAUGAUCCAGUUGGACAGUGAAGUAGUGACAGCUGAAGCUUUUGCUGCUCUCAUUGAUAUGAUGUACACUUCCACACUCAUGCUUGGAGAGAGCAACGUUAUGGAUGUGUUGCUAGCAGCUUCUCACCUCCAUUUGAACUCUGUGGUUAAAGCCUGCAAACACUACCUUACUACAAGGACACUACCAAUGUCUCCACCAAACGAUAGAGUGCAGGAGCAGAAUGCACGCAUGCAACGGUCUUUCAUGCUUCAGCAGCUGGGAUUGAGUAUAGUGAGCUCUGCAUUAACUUCUACCCAAAGCACAGAAGAACAGGCAAAUUCUAUGAGCUCAUCAAUCAGAAGUAACAUAGAGCAACGGAGUGCUUUUCCGAUCAGACGUCUCCAUAAACGUAAGCAGACUUCUGAAGAAAGAGCGAGACAACGCAUUAGGGCUCCCAUAGAUGAUUCUAUCAUGUCAGAUGUUACUCCAGAGAGCGCACAGACUGUGGUUCAUUCACGAGAUGAAUUCUUUUCCCCAGACUCCCUGAAAAUUGUAGACAAUUCUAAACCUGAUGGUGUGACUGACAACCAGGAAGAUAAUACUAUUAUGUUUGACCAGUCUUUUGGUGCCCAAGAAGAUGCACAAGUGCCAAGCCAGUCGGACAACAGUGGGGGAAAUAUUUCUCAAAUGUCUAUGGCAUCACAGGCAACUCAAGUGGAAACUAGCUUUGAUCAGGAAACAGCUUCCCAAAAAAAUAACUUUCAGUGUGAGAAUCCUGAGGUUGGACUAAAUGAAAAGGAACACAUGAGGGUAGUGGUGAAAUCUGAGCCUUUGAGUUCUCCAGAGCCCCAGGAUGAAGUGAGUGAUGUGACUUCCCAAGCAGAGGGAAGCGAGUCUGUUGAAGUGGAAGGCGGAGGACCAAGUGCUGAAAAGAUAGAACUGAGCCCCGAGAGCAGCGACCGCAGCUUCUCUGACCCACAGUCUAGUACCGACAGGGUGGGAGAUAUCCAUAUCAUGGAAGUAGCAAAUAACCUGGAACACAAAUCUACCUUCAGUAUUUCAAAUUUUCUGAAUAAGAGCAGAGCCAGCAGUUUUGGUGCUGGCCCAAAUAAUGAGGACAACAUUCCAAAUACAACCAGUGACUGUAGAAUGGAUAGUGAUGCAUCGUAUUUAAUUAGCCAAGAAUCUGGGCCUGCUAAUGGUCAUUCCUCUGCCACUGUCUCUCAUGUAGAGAAUCCGUUCAACGAGAGUGCAGACUCCCAUUUUGUCAGGCCUAUGCAGGAUGUAAUGGGUCUUCCUUGCGUACAGACUUCCGGCUACCGGGCAGCAGAGCAGUUUGGAAUGGACUUCCCCAGGUCUGGCUUGGGGUUGCAUUCUUUAUCGAGGGCAGUCAUGAACUCGAGAGGCGGUGCCACCACCUUUCCUGGGUAUCGCCGCAUAGCUCCCAAAAUGCCUGUAGUGACCUCUGUUCGGAGCGCUCAGAUUCCGGACAAUGCUUCGAAUUCUCAGAUGAUGAUGAACGGAGCCACUUCCUCUUUUGAAAACGGGCAUUCUUCCCAACCUGGCCCACCGCAGCUGACCAGAGCGUCUGCUGAUGUUCUUUCAAAAUGUAAGAAAGCCUUAUCUGAACAUAACGUCUUGGUAGUAGAAGGUGCCCGCAAGUAUGCCUGCAAAAUCUGCUGCAAGACUUUUCUAACUUUAACAGACUGCAAGAAGCACAUCCGUGUGCAUACAGGCGAGAAGCCCUAUGCCUGUUUAAAGUGUGGCAAGAGGUUUAGUCAGUCAAGCCAUUUGUAUAAACAUUCCAAAACUACUUGCCUACGCUGGCAAAGCAGCAAUCUACCCAGCACUUUGCUUUAACUCUCUUCCUCAGUUCCAUGAUGCCAAUACAGAUUUUUAAUAAUCCAUGGAACACAAGAGGUGAACAUUUGCAGUGUGAUUGUGCCACACACGCAAAAAAAAAGGCUUCUUUUUAAUACUUGUACCAUACCUACCUCACAGGGGUUUUGUGAGGCCUGAACAACUUCUAAAAAGCGCUUUGAAAUUCUCCAGCUCUGACACAAAUGUAGUUCUGAGAAUGCAGUCUUAACAGACAUUUGGGAGUAAGCCCCAUUGAACUCUCUGGGAUUUGCUCCCAAAUAAACAUGUUUAGGAUUGGACUGCAUGUAUUAUAUAUGGAUACAAUCCUUAGUGUCAUUAGUUCUAAGAGUAGGAGAAGGGUUGGAAGAAUGAAAGUGUAGCUAGCACAUAACUAACUAGCAUGUUUCAAAAAGCUGAAGUGGAACCUUUGUAAUGGUUUUUUAAAAAAAUGAUGUGAAAGCAUUUAUCUGUAAAAUAGGUUGCUACAUGGAGUGUGUGAACAACGUUACUAAGAGCUCUUUAUUGUGAGACUGCAUAUCUUGAAGAGAAAUGACCUUUGCACCUCAAAGUGCUUUUGGAGUGUGUUAUAGAAUAACAUAGUUUUAGGGGUUCUGAAUGUAUUUUUGGUUGUUUUGCAGUAACAUACACUGUGUAAUGAAGGUGCUUACCUUGAGUCCAAUGCAAGUAACUUUUAGACUGUCUGAUAUAUGUAUGUGUGUAUAUACUUUUGAAUACAGCAAAAUCUAGGUGUUUCAUAGUUUCUCUUUUUGUAAGAUCUUGUACUGAAAAGUAAAGUGUGUUUGUGUCAUGCUUGGUAGUGUUUCUAAUCAAUUUGUAUUUCAUGUGUUAAACUCAACAUUACGUCGUAAA